AUACUGAAUUGUUCAAUGAAACACGAUUUGAUGAGGCAUUGGAGCAAGACUUACAAGAUUUGUCACAAUGUAUUCAAAAUACACAGCCAGUCAAUGAUGAUUUAGCUGUUGAAAUGAUCAAUAGAUUGGAUGAGGUAUUAAGGACAACGACAGUUGCGACUAAUCCAAUGACGAGUACCGAUGAUGAUGAUGACAACAAUGAUGAUCAGGCUAGUUUAUCUUAUAAUUUAACUGAAAAUGAUAUUCCAAUGAUUUAUUAUGGGCAUUUGGAUCGCAAGACAAUUACCAGAGAAUUCCAAUUUAAUUUACAAGUUACACCAAGUCAAUCAAAGAAUAAAUUUCAUGCUAGAUAA